AUGCCAUGUGGCAGGAGUUCAGAGCAGCAUUUCCAAACAACAAGUCCGUACUGGUUCCACGGCUGUGGUGGUGAGAGUACCAAUAUCAAAGACGCCAUCCGAAACGAUUUGAAACAGCUGAACAUUGACCUGGAGGGGCUCCUGCCAGAUUCCUUGCAGUUGCUCAACAGCCCAAAAAGGGGUGCCACUGAAAGGGGGGAGAAGUGGGAAGAGCUGGUUGCAAAUUCCCUGGCAGUGCGGUUCCGCCUUCACUGCGUAGCAAGAAACCUGAGUGCUGAAGUCACCUGGGUCCCUUUUUUGGAGAUCUACCCUACGGAGGAUCCACAUUUGCGAACUGUUUUGGAGCCGUUCAAAGUUUGCUGGAGUGAUGGUGUGGAAUAUCCAAGCGGCCAAGGCAAUGAAGCAACUGUCAUGAGUGACGUUGGGAAGGCCAUCAAGUCCAACCGGAGUUUUGCAACGGCUCACCACGAUCUUUUGAUCCCUGUGAGAUGCAAGGCAACUGGUAAGCUCGAGUUCAUUGCAGCGCAAUGUCGUUAUGGAGAGAAAAAGGAUGCAGGCGGCCUGAAGUUGCAGGGCAAGGCGAAGAAGGACAACUUUGAGGACAUGCAGCAGAUUUGCAGUGAGUCUGAAGGCUGGCAGUCCUUUACAAACAAGACAUGGGCCAGACGUCAGGAGGAGAAGAAAUACUCUCUCAUGAGUUGCGAGACUAUCAUUGCGCAGCUGGACGUGCUGAAACUUUUGUGA